GAGCACGACACAGCAGCUCCGCUCCAUCAGUUCUUCACUUCGUCCGAUGUGCAGGCCUCGAGCGCUGGCGACUACAAUGGUCUGGCGCUGGCUACCGCCGAGGCUCUUCAAGGGGCGGUUGCUGCGCUGGGCGCCUGCGCAGCUCCGAGCGCGGGCAACCACGGCAUUGCUGAAGCUGCUGCGAGUUCUGACGCUGAUCUUCAGCCUGGCAUCCCCGCUGUCCACGGGGGCAUGGCCGCCGCCGUCCCCUCAGACGAGGUUGACGGCUUCUACGGCAACUGCGACACGUCCGAGGAGCUGGUGGACAACGGCUCCGAGGCCCUGAGGACAGGCCCCGCGGCCGCCGCGGGCGGUGGCGUGCGCGCUGCCUAA